AUGGGCGAGUCGAAUGGAGCUGAAGAAAAUGGAAGUUCCUUUCCUUCAGGAACGCUUGCAAAAUUGACAUGCGAUAUCCUCAACGAUACCUUCUAUAAUAUAAUUCAUGAUAUAGUUGCAAAGGUGCAUCGCGACGAAAAGGUCUCCCGUAUGCGCUCAGCGGUGGUCACUGCAAGGCAAAAAGCCGAUGAAGAGGCAUCCAAACGUCGUGAAGAGAGUGGGAAGCCAGCUGGUGCAUUCAAGCCCGGUGAUCUCGACCUUGAGGAACUUAAGGAUAUACGUGUGGAGACAGAUGCGGCUGUCUUUGAUGAAGGCAAGGUUUACCUCAAGGGAAACCCUCUGCAAACCACGAAAGAGAUUAUCUGUCCGGAGUGCCGAUUGCCUCGUCUAUUAUACCCAGUAACGGGUGUCGGGGCUCGGGCUCCCCCAGAUCCAUAUCGGGAGUAUUGUCAGAAGCAGCCUAUGAUCAACAAGCCGGGGCACGAUGUUCAUGGAAACCCGUUUGCCACGGACAAGCUGAAUCCGAAGAAGAAGAAACAGACAAAUACGUCCAAUACUCCAGCUUCAAGCCCUCCCACAACGCCUGACAGUUCCUUCAAACAAGCAGCCCCAGAAAAGGUGUCCUUCCCGACUGUGAAAUGCCCGAACUGCCCGAGAUACUUUGUUGUCACUCGAGUUGCACAGCACUUGGACAGGUGCUUGGGUUUAUCAGGGCGACAGACCAACCGCAACAAGACUCCCAUGGAAAAUGGUGCCAGUACACCCAGUUCUGCUCCACCUAAGCGUCCAUUAGUGGAUGAUGACGUUCCAGCAACUCUUCCGACGAAGAAGAAGAAAUUAGGAGCCCCGAAAAAAUUGUCAGGGAAGAAGCCACCUCCGCCUAGCAAGCUGAAAAACGGGCUUACGCCAGACAUGGCCGCAGCAAGUGACGCCGCCGGCUCUGGUGACGGGGACAUCAAGAGUGAAGCGAACGGGGAUAACUCUUAA